AGCAUAAUAGGUCCCCUUUAAUGUAUUUUUUUUUUUUUUUUUAAAUCAAUUAAUUUAAAAAUCAAUUAGGCUAUAUUCUUUACACCACUGGUAAUAACGCUUUUAUUUAGGCUACUUUUUUAUGCUGAAUAGAGAAGUUUUCUUUCUUCAAGAAUAUAUCCCCUAGACUGGUUGUCUCUCGUCACCAGCAGCAGGGGGCAGCUCUGCAUCCUCAACCUGAAGGAGGAGGUUACACUGGUUCAGUCCAUUGAUGGAUUAAAAACCCAUCGGACCGGCGGAGCUCAUCAACAUCACUACAUAGAAGUGGAGAGCUGGAAGCUAUUUGGGAUCUAUAGCUCUUUAAACACACAGAUAGAUGCUGUAGAUGCUGUCAGUAGGCUAAUGCUGGCCGCCAUGUGGAGACUACAGGACAAACAGAAUCCAGAUAAAUUAGAUUAUUGGAUUGACUGCAACAGAUUAUAGCUCUCCUACAACCCCCGAUAAGAAAACACACAUCGAUUUGAUCAUAUCUCACGAGGAGUUGUUGGAAAUAUAAAGACUGGCAGCCAUGCUGACCAGCUUUAUGGAGGGUCUUCUCUGCUGCCUGACCUCAAAGUCGGCCAAUGUCGUGGUUCCCGUAGAAACCUCAGAAUCGGCAGACGGCUAUGAGUUUGUGGAGGUGAAACCAGGCCGCGUCCUGCGGGUUCGACACAUCAUCCCUGACCGGCCGGUGGUGGAGGAACCCACUGGGCCAGGUGGGAUUGUCAGCUGCAAACGAAAGAUCACAGUGUAUCGUAAUGGACAGCUGUUCAUUGAGAACUUGGGUGACAGGGCGAGUGCAGAGCUGAAAAACUGCCAGAAUGGAGAGCCGGAGCCAAACAGCACUGUAGAGGUUGAGCUGACAGAUAACUCCUCAGCGCUCGUCAGCAUCCCCGAGGCCAGGUCUGAUUCUCUCACAGCUGGGAAAGAUGGGACGGCUGAAACAGGAGCAGGAGGAGAGGCGCCUGCUGCUGGACAGACCGACCAGUCGCAGCAACCCAGGAAGCGCAGGCGGAAGCCAAAGCGCACCGUGGUGAUCGACUGUGAGAGGAAGAUAUCGGCCUGUAAAGGGACACAUGCAGACGUGGCUCUGUUCUUCAUCCACGGAGUGGGAGGCUCACUGGACAUCUGGGGAAGCCAGCUAGACUUCUUUUCCAAGCUGGGCUAUGAGGUGAUCACCCCGGACCUGGCGGGUCACGGAGCCAGCUCAGCACCACAGAUAGCUGCUGCGUACACUUUCUACGCCCUGGCUGAGGACAUGAGAAUCAUCUUCAAGAGAUACGCACGCAAGAGGAAUAUUCUCAUAGGACAUUCUUAUGGCGUGUCGUUCUGUACCUUCCUGGCCCACGAGUAUCCGGAGCAGAUCCACAAGAUGGUGAUGAUCAACGGAGGUGGUCCCACAGCUCUGGAGCCCAGCCUCUGCUCCAUCUUCAACCUGCCCACCUGUGUGCUUCACUGCCUCUCCCCGCUACUGGCCUGGAGCUUUCUCAAGGCCGGCUUUGCUCGGCAGGGUGCCAAGGAGAAGCAGCUGCUGAAAGACAACAAUGCCUUCAACGUGUCGUCCUUUGUGCUGCGCGCCAUGAUGAGUGGGCAGUACUGGCCCGAGGGGGAUGAAGUCUACCAUGCUGAACUCACAGUGCCCAUCCUGCUGGUUCACGGCAUGCAUGACAAAUUUGUACCCAUUGAAGAGGACCAGCGCAUGGCGGAGAUCCUCCUAAUGGCCUUCCUGAAGGUCCUGGAGGACGGCAGUCACAUGGUCAUGAUGGAGUGUCCCGACGCUGUCAACACACUCCUGCAUGAGUUCAUCCUGUGGGAGCCGAUCACGCCUCCACCGCCAAAGAAAGAGUCCAAAACACGUCCAGAAACCGCCAAAGCCCAAUCUGACAACACCAAGUCUACAUCUGACCCCUCCCAGGUCCGACCUGCGACCGCAAGGCAGUCCUCAUCAAACUGUGGCACGGAGGAGAAGCCAGACAGCAAGGCCAAGAAAUGACUGAAGAUUAAAGCUUCCAGUGGUUGUUACACGAUAUCAUGGCUGGCCAUGUGCACUUUGUGGGUCCUGAUAAUCUGAGCUGGUUUUGAUGCUGAGCCAAAAGAGCCAGUUUAUCUGAAAUGGCUCAGCUAAAGGUUGUGAAGAUGUGACCCAAUGCAGGAAAGUUUGAAUCCAGUUAUGUCAGCAACUGAGCUGAAGGACAGAGGAAAAAAAGAGCACCAAUAAUGGAUGCUGGAGGUCCAUUCUUCAGCUGACAGUCCCCUUUCAUCAACACACAGCAUGGAAGAUGUGCCUUGAAGCGGAGGAUGAUGAUGUCAGGGUGUGGCGGAGCAAGAGACGUAAACAUACAGCCAUGAGGACGAGGGUGGAAAUGAACAGUUGUCAAGCUGCAAAAGCGAUGAAAUUUAACCGUUGUGGACAAAGGAAAAAGUAACAUCUGCCACACUGACACUUGAUGGCCUGUUCUGACUUCUGCUACUCCUAAAAUGUGGAGAAUAAAAGCAAAACGAAUGUAUGAAACAUGCUUCUGGUUGAUUACCUGUUACGCUGCCCUACGUAAAGCAGCAGCAAAGCCUAAACCGUAUGGAAACAAGCUGGAUGGUAGAUUAGCCUGAUAUAUUUGUAGUCUAUACUUGAAGUUUAAUAUCAAAUCGUGACACGAUGAGCUAGCUGUGAAAUGUGUGUGAGUGUGUGUGUGUGUGUGUUUAUGUGUGUGUAGCUCAAUAUUUCCAUUGCACAUAAUGCUAGAUUUCAAACCUCGCUCCUUGUAGAGGUGAGAGUUUUUAAUGGGCACAUUAUUGCUAUACACACAAUGGCACAGAAAACAAAUGGGAACGCAUUUCUUGAUUAAAAAUGUACAUUUAGUAUUUUGACAAUUGUUUUUGUUCUUCGGCACCUCUAAGAGGUGAACCAGAACAUUAUGUUUGCACAUAGAAGUUCAUAAGAUGAGAAGUAGCCUCGCCUACUACUCACCAUAGUUGUGAGAGUUAAGUAGCUGCUCCUGGUUGUGUUUUGUGAGUGAUUGAGUCGUGACUUGUGAAGAACAAGUGAAGAAUGAUGAAGUUCACAUAAAGACAGAAGUUAAAGUCAAUUUGCUGCUUCCUAGAAUUCAGGGAAAUGUGUGUUCAGUCGAGUGUGUCCUGCUUAAUGUAGCAAAUAGUUGAGGCUCGGCAAUGAAUCAUAACUUUAUAUGGACAGAAUGGGCCAAAGAUUUUGCACAAAUCACGUGUUCAUAUUAUAAUAAGAUGUUAAAUCAAUAAUAAGAAGGUUUGUAAUGAGAUGCAUCAGGGAAGUGCAACAGCAGGGUUUAACAGAAACUCACCCCAAACUGUAGCACAAUACAAUGUGUUUGAUGCUAUUUCAAAAUAUUCAACUAUGCAGUUAUGACAUACUGUAUUAUCAACUUCUUAGAAAGCAGUGUUGUAGUCAAGAGCACCUAAACCAAGACCAAGUCAUGACCAAGACCAGAGAGUAUCGAGACCAAGACAAGACCAAGACCAGAGCAGUGCGAGUCUCACAUUGCAUGACACAUGGGGCUGCACGAUUCAGAAAAAAUAUGUAAUUGCGUUUAUAAUGACUGAUAUUGCAAUAUUAGAGGGUAUUAUCAUUUUUACAUCAUUAUUCUCAUUUUCAUUGAAAAGCAUUAAAAUGAUUAUGGUGUAAUUUUUGUGGGGAUCUGCACCAAACAAACACGUUUACUUCUGUAGAAUAUGAUGUGUAGGACAGGACAUCUCUGCAGCACCGCAAUAUUAUUUCCUCCUCAUCCUGCGAUUUGAAAAAUGCAGUUGGUCAUAUUGCGAUUUC